AACGUUUACAGUUUCAUUGCCGAGGUGAAUGCUCUCGCCGAUAAAAUUGGAGUACCAGCAGGAGAACGCAAAAUUACGCUGUGGCAACAUAUCCCGGCAGACCUCGAUCACCGGCUGUUACGAGACAGCAAGGACCCCAGAAUAUCUUAUGAAGAAUUCGCAAAUUUGGUGGCCGAUGCAGCUCACAGCAUUCAGCGAGCGUAUCGGGAACGAGAGGAGCGAAAACAGAAAAGUCGCGGUAAAGAUAGAAAAGAGAAAUACCCCUACAGCCCAGACAAAAACAGGAAAAGCAAUCGAGGACGCUAUUACAAAUCCAGCAACCCGAACAAAGGAGAAAGAAGCGACAUGGUACCUAAAACAACAGAAGCCACAGGACGUGGUUUGACAGAAACUGAAAAGAUGGCUCAUUGGGAAGCCAACACUUGCUUCGCGUGCGGGAAAGAAGGACAUAAAUCAUUUGAAUGCCCCAAUAAAACGAAAGCAGUCAGGGCCUUGGAUUUUGAGGACAACCACAGCACUAAUGACGAGCAAAAGCGAUCGGGAAAAGAGUGA